AACAUUAUCCAGAAAUCUAACAUUUCCACCAAUCCCUUCACUUCCUUGGCGAUCCAAACAAACACAAGAAAAUGCUAGAUAAUCUCCUUUUCUGAGCAUUCUUUCUCUAGAAAAUGGAGACCCUUCUCUCUCCUCGUUCUCUAUCUCCUCCUCUCAUUCCCAAAGUAUCAUCUUCUCAUCAAUCCAAACUCGCUACUUCUUCUUCUUUGGCUCUCUCGAAUCCCACCGUCUCUGGCCCGAAACACCUUUCCACCCGGUUUAGUGCUAAACCAGAAUCGUGGUUAACAGAUGCAAAGCAAGGACUAGCUGCUCUAUCUCUAUCUCUGGCCCUUACUUUCUCACCUGUUGGCACUGCCUUAGCCUCUGAGUUCAAUAUUCUCAACGAUGGUCCACCCAAAGAAACUUACGUUGUAGACGACGCUGGUGUUCUUAGUCGAGUUACGAGAUCAGAUCUGAAGAAACUCUUGUCUGAUCUUGAAUACAGAAAGAAACUCCGACUCAAUUUCAUCACUGUCCGGAAGCUCACUAGUAAAGCAGAUGCGUUCGAGUAUGCAGACCAGGUUUUGGAGAAAUGGUAUCCUUCAAUUGAAGAAGGCAACAAUAAGGGUAUUGUUGUUUUGAUUACUAGCCAGAAGGAAGGGGCCAUUACUGGUGGUCCUGCUUUCAUUGAAGCUGUUGGUGAAAAGAUUCUUGAUGCUACUGUCUCGGAAAAUCUUCCCGUAUUAGCCACAGACGAAAAAUACAAUGAGGCAAUAUACACCAGUGCAAAACGGUUGGUUGCAGCAAUUGACGGUCUCCCAGAUCCCGGGGGUCCAGAAGUGAAGGAUAACAAGAGAGAAUCAAAUUUCAAAACCAAAGAAGAAACAGAAGAGAAGAGAGGACAGUUCAGUCUUGUCGUUGGAGGUUUGCUUGUAAUUGCCUUUGUUGUUCCCAUGGCUCAGUACUAUGCUUAUGUAUCCAAAAAGUAGUGUAUUGGUUCACUCUCGUAUAUACCAAACUGAGCCAGGUCAUAACAUUGCUAUCAAACCGGUUUAAUAAUGAUUUGUUUUUGUUA